AUGUCAGAUUGUAAUCUAAAUAUUAUUCUUGAUAUCAAUAAAUUAAAUUUGGAAUUAAAAAAGAAAUUAGAAAUAGUUUCAAAAUGGAGAGCGGAAUGUGCUCAAUUGCAACUAGAGUUUUUAAAGUUAUAUACUCCAGAAUGCCUUGAAAUUCUUGAAUCGCUCAAACAAAUAACAGACACGAAUAUCAAUUUAGAUAAAUCAUAACUUAUCAUUAAAAAUAUUAUAAUAUAAAUGUAUUAUUGUAUUAAUUUUCAAUAAACAAUAUAAAAUACAAUUAUGUUGAAAUAUAUUUAUUAUAUUCGAAUAUAGGAUUGACACAUAGAAUGUAUUCAUGAUUUAUAUAACAUAAAGACAGACAAUAGA